AUGGACUCUGAGGGAGUUCACAACUGGCUCAGUAACACUGCUUCACCUCAUGCUGGGCCAGGCGGACCCGACACUCAUUCUCCCUCAUCGACUGCGCUUUCCGAAGAGUGGGUUACCGUAAUCGACAUCUCGAGUACCUCACAGGGUUGCUACCUUGGCUUCGACCGAAAUAACAGACUAAUCGACCUCCGAGCCAGAUAUCAGUACCCUGCACACCCUGCGCCGCCCUCGCCUGUGCCGGCCUCAUCUGUGUCCUCGCCUACGAUGAACGCGCUCAUCGACGAUGCUGCGCUUCUGGAUGACGACGACGAUGAUGUCUCUUUUGACGAGGAGACUGGCGAACCCACCCGCGGACGCGAAAACGGUGCGAAUGGCGAGAAUGGCUUCGACGACUCGUCAGAGGAAGAAGAAGAUGAUGACGAGGAAGAAGCGCAGAGAAUACGAAAAGACUUCAUCGUAGACGAAGACGAAGAUGACGCCGAAGAGGCCCGUCGAAAGCGUCGUCGCGAAAAGCGCAAGCGUCCUCGUGAAGAUCGCGAGGAGGACGAUCUCGAUGAGGAAGAUCUCGAACUCAUAGGUAUCAAGCCACAGCGAGAAGAGUCACAGUCAAAGUUCAAGAGACUCAAGCGAGGUCCCCGAAGAGACGAGGAUGGUGCCCGCGGCGGCGUGGACGACAUAUUCGCCGACGAGCUCGAAGAGCAAGAAGAGCGCAGACCUCGAGGCUUGAACGACGAGUUCGACGACUUCAUCGAGGACGAUGUCUUCUCCGACGAAGAAGGUCAGCGAGAGCGAGAAGAUCUUGAAGUCGCGCGUCCGUCGCGUCGCACUGGCCUCGAUUUGCCCGUGGACAUCUCCGAUCUCAACAUCGACGGUGCUGCCCUCGAAGACUUCAAGGCUGCCUUUGGCGAUGGUACCGAGUACGACUUCGCCCUCGAGCAGGAGGACAUAUGGGAACAAAAGCAAGCGGAACAGGACCGACACCUCAUCCUCGACGAUGUAUUCGAGCCUCAACAGCUGAAAGAGAAGCUCCUUACUGAGGAAGACAACCUCAUUCGCUUCACCGACGUCCCUGAGCGCUUCCAACUUGCCCGAAAGCCGUAUGCUGGUCUGGAGCUGACCGAAGACGAAUUCAAGGAGGAGGCUCAGUGGAUCUCACAGUUCCUCCUACCCUCUCAACAAAACCGCCUGUCGCCUCGUCUUUACGAACCCUUUACCCGCAGCGUGUUGCAAGCCUUGGAGUUCAUGAUCAAUGAGCAGUACGAAGUGCCCUUCAUCGCCAACAACCGAAAGGACUACUUCAUCCAUGUCGAAACUCACGGCAGUGGUCAAAAGGAGGAAGCUGUCCAGCUGCUUCGGCCCAAAGAGCUUUGGUCGAUAUUUGAGCUAGAUCUGAAGUUUCGUGCUCUGAUCGAGCGGCGUCGUGGCCUGCAAAAAACUUACGAUGAACUCAAAUCGACAAACAUUGCUCCAGACGACUUGUUCGAGACGAUGGUGCCCAAAGCCGUCACUCUGGAAGAGCUCUCAGACCUCUACGAUUACCUCUAUUUCCAGUACUCGUCACAGAUCAAAGAUCUCGCAUUGACAAGCAAUGGUGACGCAAAUGGCGUCGUCUUGUCUCAGAAGAAGGCCAACACCAAGAGUAUCUACGAGACUAUCCGUCAGUCCAGAGCUCAAGGCAUGGUCCGCGGUUAUGGUAUGAAAGGUGAUGACUUUGCGAAAAAUGUUGCUCGAGAAGGCGUCACCACAUAUGCCGACGACCCGUCCGACAGUCCUGCGAACCUUGCAGACACACUGAUCGACGAGACCUUCGCUGAUGGCAACGCCGUCCUGAGAGCUGGUCGGAAUCUCUUCGUCGAAGAAAUUGUCACCAACCCGCGCUUUCGAAAGUACCUCAGAGCCCAGAUCUACAGUAAAGGCGUCUUCGAUUGCUAUCGCACCGACCGAGGCUUGCGAAAGAUCGAUGAGUCGCAUCCUUAUUACGAGUUCAAAUAUUUGCGAAAUCAGACAUUCGCCAGCUUUAUUGGAAGUCCCUCAUUAUUCCUGCGAAUGCUAAAAGCAGAGGAAGAAGGCAUGAUCGAAGUCAAGGUGCGCAUCAACAACGCCGAUAGUCUCAAGCGAGACCUCGCCGCCCAUAUGAAGACAGACAACUAUUCCGAUGUUGCCGACGCGUGGAACAAAGAGCGAGAGAAGGUUGUCGCCCAGGCGUUUGACAAGACAAUGCAUAUCCUGGGUCGUAUCGUCAAAGAGACCUUCAAGAGCGAUUGCGAGGACCGACUGGCAGAAGAAUGCCGCGAAGAAUUCGACGCGCGUCUUGAUCAAGCACCAUAUCAGCCCGAGGAUAUGCACAAGGGCACUACACCACGUUGUAUGGCUUUGUCAAUUGGUCGAGGAAUUCCCGGCAAAGACCCAGUUCACUGGGUUGUCGUUGGUGAUGACGGUCGAGCCAGCGAAUACGGCACGUUCGUUGAGCUCGCCCCAGCAGAUUCGGAACGCGCCAUCCCAGAAGGAAAAGACGUGGCAGCAUUGAUUGAUGUCAUUCAAGCUCGCGAUGUGGAAGUUCUAGGCGUCUCGGGAUUCACACCCGAAACGCGAAAACUGGUCAGCUACCUCAAUACUAUGGUCGAAGCCCACAAGCUGCAACAUGGCGGUGCAAACAACACUGACGACGACCGAGAACGCCGAUACCCCGAUCGACGUCUGGAGGUCAUCAUUGUCAACGAUGAAGUGGCUCGCCUGUACCACACCAGUCAGAGAGCCAGGAACGACCAUCCAGCAUGGAAUCCACUCACUCACUACUGCUUCGCACUCGCACGAUAUCUGCAGGAUCCCAUGAAGGAGUAUGCAUCUUUAGGCAACGACAUCAUCUCGCUCAACUUCCAUCGAUCGCAAUCACUCUUACCGGAAGAGAAACUGAUGCAGAAGCUCGAGAUGGCUUUGGUCGACAAAGUGAACCUUGUCGGUGUCGAUGUGAAUGAAGCCGCUGCAGACCCGCAAAUCGCAAACCUGCUUCCGUACGUUUGUGGUCUUGGUCCAAGAAAAGCACAACACGUCCUGCGAGUCGUCAGUGUCGCCGGUGGCUUUGUCAAUACCCGCGAGGGCCUACUCGUCAAUGACAAGGGCACAGCCAUGACGCUCAAAGUGUGGAACAACGCCGCCAGCACACUAAACAUCAGCUUCGACGAAUCCGUCGACGACUCAGAAUUCCUCGACAGCACUCGCAUCCAUCCCGAAGACUACGACAUCGCCCGCAAGAUGGCGGCCGACGCCCUCGAACUCGACGAAGAAGACAUCGAAGCUGAACGCCAAAAGAACGGCAGCGGCGCAAUCAUGAAACUCCUCGUCAAAGGCAACCAACAAGACCGCGUCAACGACCUCGUCCUCGAAGAAUACGCCAUCCAGCUCGAGCGCAACCUGAACGCCAAGAAACGCUCGACCCUCGAAACCAUCCGCGCCGAACUCAUCGAGCCCUUCGAAGAACUCCGCCGCGAAUACGAGAUGAAGCUCCGCGAAGAAGACAUCUUCACCAUGUUCACCGGCGAAACCUCCGACAGCUCCAAGUCGGCAUGA